CUCUUGUUUCCGCCAUCAUUUGCUUCUGUCUGUAGGUUCCCACAAUCCUCUGCGCUCCAAAAUAGUUGCCAGUCAUUGUGCGGAUCAAAAGUAAAACAACAUGAAGGAGACAUCGUCCAAGCGGCGGGAGAAAGCGGGAGGCCGGGACAAGGACUCCAAAGCCGAGAAGGCGAAGGAGCCUGGGCCGGAGCCGCAGGACGUGGAGAUGCCGGAGGAGGAAGCGGCUAACGCGGUUAAGCAGCCCAAAGAGCUGGACAGCCUGACCCUGGACGACAUUAAGGAGCAUGUGAAGCAGAUAGAGAAGGCGGUGUCGGGGAAGGAGCCUCGGUUCGUCCUCCGAGCUCUGCGAGCGUUGCCGUCCACCAGCCGCCGCCUCAACACCAACGUGCUUCACAAAGCCAUCUGUGGCUUCUUCACCAACAACGCCACCACCCGAGAGUUCCUGCUCGGCUUCCUGGAGGAGCCAAUGGAGAUGGCGGACGGAGACGUCCAGUUUCGCCCGAGGACGGGGAAAGCGGCGGCGGCUCCUCUGCUGCCGGAGGUGGAAGCUUACCUGCAGCUGCUGCUGGUGGUUCACCUGACCAACAACAAGAGAUACACCGAGGCUCAGAAAGUGUCGGAUGAUCUGCUGCAGAAGAUCGGCUCGAAGAACCGCAGAGCUCUGGAUCUCGUCGCAGCUAAAUGUUACUAUUACCACGCCAGAGUGUAUGAGUUCCUGAACCAGUUUGACACUAUCCGCAGUUUCCUCCACACUCGCCUGCGGACGGCGACUCUGCGUCACGACGCCGACGGUCAGGCCGUGCUGCUGAACCUUCUGCUGAGGAACUACCUGCACUUCAACCUGUACGACCAGGCCGAGAAGCUGGUGUCCAAGUCCGUGUUUCCCGAACUGGCCAACAACAACGAGUGGGCCAGGUACCUCUACUACACAGGUCGUAUCAAGGCCAUCCAGUUGGAGUAUUCUGAGGCUCGCAGGACUCUGACCAACGCUCUGAGGAAAGCUCCACAACACACUGCUGUGGGCUUCAAACAGACGGUUCACAAGCUGCUGAUCGUGGUGGAGUUGUUGUUGGGAGAGAUUCCUGACAGACUUCAGUUCAGACAGCCGUCACUUAAACGCUCCCUGAUGCCGUACUUCCUGCUCACACAAGCCGUGAGGACGGGUAACCUGGCCAAGUUCAACCAGGUGUUGGAGCAGUUCGGAGAAAAGUUUCAGACCGACGGGACGUACACGCUCAUCAUCCGCCUCAGACACAAUGUCAUCAAGACCGGUGUGCGUAUGAUCAGCCUGUCGUACUCUCGUAUCUCUCUGGCCGACAUCGCCCUGAAGCUGCAGCUCGACAGUCCAGAGGACGCGGAGUUCAUCGUUGCUAAGGCCAUCCGUGACGGCGUGAUCGAGGCCAGCAUCAACCACGAGAAGGGCUUCGUCCAAUCAAAGGAGACCAUGGACAUCUACGGGACCAGAGAGCCCCAGCUGGCCUUCCACCAGAGAAUCUCCUUCUGCCUGGACAUCCACAACAUGUCUGUGAAGGCCAUGAGGUUUCCACCUAAAGCUUACAACAAGGACCUGGAGUCAGCAGAGGAGCGUCGGGAGCGCGAGCAGCAGGAUCUAGAGUUCGCUAAAGAAAUGGCCGAAGAUGACGACGACAGCUUCCCAUGAGCCUCUCCGCUGACUUCCUGUGCAGACAGGAAGUGGUUGUGCGUGUUUGUAGACCAGUUAUUCCCCACAAUUACCCCCCUCCUCUUUUUGUUUCUCCUGCUGUGAUCUUGCAGCUCUGAACGUCACUCUGCUGCUGUUUGUUGUUUCUCUCUGAGAUAAAUAAAUUCUCUGCCUUUGUUUAAA